UUAGUCUGCCCAGAAAGCUGACUUUUCUGGCUCUCGUCGGUGCUCUUUUGAGGGCGCCUCGGAAACGAGCGGCCUUGGCGACCGACGUGCAACUUUUGGUCUGGCGCCUCUUCUAGAAAAGUGGAUUCGGAUCGACUGCCUCCAGAGCCCGGGUAGCCUCUCGAGAGUCGGGCUUUGUGUCGGCCUGCGACGGGGUUCAUGUUUAGAAAAGGGCGUUUCUGCCCAGAAUGAGUCGGCCACAGAGCGGUUGGUUGUUGCCUUGCGUAUGUUCUUGCCCGCCCUGGCAGCAACUGACAAAUGGAUUCCUGUUCUUUUCGGCUUCCGGCCGCUGAGGAUUUCAAUCUCUCCUCCCGGAACAGGACGGAAAGUUGAGCAUACUGAACGGUCGGUGGUGGAGAGACGUGAUCCGGACACCAUGAUGCCCAGCCCGAACACACACAGGUUCACGCAUUCAUGCACAGACGGGUCAUCAGACGAGCAGUCCGCUCUGAUUGAUGGCUUGUAUGGUUGGAAGGUUGCCCCGUUCUUCCUUUCCGUCUUCCUUCUCGUGUCUCCAGCCCGUUUCUCUCAAAGUCCAACUCCUUCAUUUGCACUACCAUUUCGUGCGUCAGCCCUCCUUUACCCUCACCGCCACAACGACAAGGUCCGCUGCAGCAACCACCACCGCGAUGAUGACAACGGCAACUGCCCCAUGAACUACUGCGGAUGCCCCUCCUCCACAAACUUCUGCCAGAUCCUGCCCUCUGUCUGUCUCUCGCCUCCCCCCCAACCCCACCCCACCCCCCCUCCAACUACGGGAGCAACACGACAAAAGAUUGCUUUAACCUCCGCUGCAAUGCUCGAGGCGAUGGCUACCCUUUGGCUCUUCUGCAAAGAUUGUGACUUGUCCGAGGCCACGAGAACACCCACUCUUGCGCUGGUGUUGGGGUGGGCGAAGAAAACUGCGUCUUCACGGUUGGAAACAGGGCCUGUUGGCCCACACGUUGGCCACAAAGACAAUAGCGUGUGUGCUGCAGCCUCUUUUUGA